AGGAGGCACCAGCGCAGGGCUGCACGGACGCCCAGGUGUCUGGCUGCCCGUUGGUCUGAGGCUGAGCCCAGCUCAGGCGGGGCUGGGCUGCCUGGUGCUCCAGGGCUGGAAGGGGCACUUGCCGUGGAGCUGGGAGCCUUGCCAGGGUUUCUGCAGAUGCUGCCUAACCCAGCUUCUUAGGGAACAGGGAAGGUGCUGGGCUGACAGAGCCAGCCGAGGGCGGAGUCCUGGCCUGUUUAUAGGAGCCUCUCACAUUCACAGCUGCCCCAUCCCGCUGGGACAGUCGCUGCCAGCAGCCUAGGAGCCAGCACGUUGCCGGGGGCUAGGCCUGGAGUGGAGCCGGAAAGGUUGGCAUGGAGAGCCUGUCCCCUAAGGGACCGCCAGGCCAUCCUCAGCAGGGGGAGACCUCUGCCUGCUGGCGGCUCACCGUGACAGUGCUGAGGGCGCGGAGCCUGCGCCGGACAGACCUGUUGAGCGAGGCUGACGCCUAUGUGCUCCUGCAGCUGCCAACCGCACCUGGAAUGAAGCUCAGGACCAGAACAGUCGCCAACUCUAGUCAUCCUGUGUGGAACGAGACCUUCAGUUUCCUAGUCCAGAGACAGGUCAAGAAUGUUCUAGAGCUGAGCAUCUAUGAUGAGGACUCGGCGACGGAGGAUGACAUCUGCUUCAAGUGUCUCUACGAUGUCUCAGAAGUCCUCCCUGGCCAGCGGCUCCGGAAGACCUUCUCCCAGAGUCCCCAGGCCCAGGAAGAGCUGGACGUGGAGUUCCUGAUGGAACAAGCGUUAGACCGUCCGGAAAACCUCGUCACCAACCAAGUGCUUGUGGCCCGGGAGCUAUCCUGCCUGGAUGUGCGUCUGGACAGAGCAGGCAGCACUUCAGCGGUGGCAGAUCAGGACAAGCUGGAGCUGGAGCUGGUGCUGAAGGGGUCCUAUGAGGACACGCAGACGUCUGUCCUGGGCACAGCCUCUGCCUUCCGCUUCCACUACCUGGCGGCUCAAGAGACGGAGCUGAAUGGGCGCCUGAGGAAUUCCCUCCAGGGCUCCACGAGCAAUGGCUGGAACUCCCAUGGCUCAGCUGGACACCUCACUCUGCCCCUGAAGUCCCUGGCCACGGGGAAGGAGGUGACUGUGGAUGUUCCCGCUACAAACGGCCCAGGAGUGAGGCUGCAGCUCAAGGCAGGGGCCUGCCCCGAGGAGCUGGCGGUACGGCUGGGCUUCGACCUCUGUGCGGAGGAGCAGGCCUUCCUGAGCAGGCGGAAGCAGGUGGUGGCCAAGGCCCUGAAGCAGGCCCUGCAGCUGGACAGAGACCUGCAGGAGGAUGAGGUUCCCGUUGUGGGCAUUGCGGCCACAGGAGGCGGCGCCAGGGCCAUGACCUCACUCUACGGCCACCUCUUGGGUCUGCAGAAGCUCGGCCUCCUGGACUGUGUGACCUACUUCAGUGGCGUUUCAGGCUCAACCUGGGCAAUGGCCCACCUGUACGGGGACCCUGAGUGGUCACAGAAGGACCUUAAGGGACCCAUCAGCCAUGCCCGGGAGCACCUGGCCAAGAGCAAGCUGGACGCCUUCUCCCCGGCGCGCCUGGCGAGCUACAAGCGGGAGCUGGAGCUGAGGGCUGAGCGGGGCCACCCCACGACCUUUGUGGAUCUGUGGGCCCUGGUGCUGGAGUUCAUGCUGCAUGGUCAGGUGAUGGACCAGAAGCUGUCGGGACAGAGAGCUGCGCUGGAGCGGGGGCAGAACCCCCUGCCCCUCUACUUGAGCCUCAAUGUCAAAGAGAACAAUCUGGAGACCCUCGACUUCAAAGAGUGGGUGGAGUUCUCCCCCUACGAGGCCGGGUUCCUCAAGUACGGCGCCUUCGUCCCCCCUGAGCUCUUCGGCUCCGAGUUCUUCAUGGGGCGGCUGAUGAGGAGGCUGCCUGAGCCCCGCAUCUGCUUUCUGGAAGGUAUCUGGAGCAACAUUUUCUCCCUGAACUUGCUGGAUGCUUGGCAUGACCUCGGCAGCUCUGGCGAGGCCUGGACACACCACCUCAAGGACAAGAUCAGGAACAUGGCUGCAGAGAAGGAGCGCCCCCCUGCCUCCCCACAGCCCUCCUCCUGGAUGGAGGCGUCGUGGCUGCAGCCCGGCACGGCCCUGGCCCAGGCAUUGAAGGGCUUCCUGACGGGCAGGCCACUCCACCAGCACAGCACCAACUUCCUCCAGGGCCUGCAGCUGCACCAGGACUACUACAGCCAGAGGGACUUCUCCACCUGGGCAGACAGUCCGCUGGAUUCCACCCCUGGCCAGCUGACUCCCCAGGAGCCCCAGCUCUGCCUGGUGGACGCCGGCUACUUCAUCAACACCAGCUGCCCCUGCAUGUUCCGGCCAGGCCGAAAGCUGGACCUCAUUCUCUCCUUCGACUACUCCCUGUCCUCGCACUUUGAGGCACUGCAGCAGACGGAGCUGUACUGCCGAGCCCGCGGGCUGCCCUUCCCCCACAUGCAGCCCAGCCCCCAGGACCAGCGCCAGCCGGGCGAGUGCCACCUCUUCUCAGACCCCACCUGCCCCGAGGCCCCUGUCCUGCUGCACUUCCCGCUGGUCAACGCCUCCUUCAAGGACCACUCGGCCCCUGGUGUCCGGCGCAGCCCUGCAGAGCUCCAGGCUGGCCAAGUGGACCUCACCGGGCCUACCUCCCCCUAUGCCCUCUUCAACAUGACCUACAAGGAGGAAGACUUUGACCACCUGCUGCAGCUCAGUGACUACAACGUGCGGAACAGCCAGGAUGCCAUCCUGCAGGCCUUGAGGGCCGCUCUGAAGCAUCGGGCCUCGGGGCUGCGGCCUCCAGGGGCACAGACCUGAGGCUGCCCAGGGACCCCAGAACUGUGAAGCCACACACUGACCAUUCAGAGGCGGGAGGCUGACCCCAGGUCUGUGCUGGGCACAACCACUGUCCUCCUGGGCUGGAGUUCCCUGGCUCUCCCAUGCCAGGGUCUGGUCUCUCAGACGAUCUUCCGCGACAUCACGUUGGUCCCCGAGCAGAAUGGAUCUGGGGCGGCUUCAGGCGUGGAGAAUCCCAGCACGUCCUUCUCACCCCCUUCCCUUUCUCCUUUGCCUUGCUCCUGCUCGUCUCAGGAUAUGAGACUUGCACUUGCAUAAGUUUAUUUCCUAAGUAUCUUAUUCUUCUUGAUGGUAAUGUAAAUGGAAUUACUUUCUCAA